UAUGAUGAUGAAAUUAAUUACUAAACUUUUUCGAAGAAGUAUUACAAUUUCAUUAAAUCAACAAAGGAAAUUGCAUUAUCCGGCUGUAGAUGAUUUGAAACAGUUGAGGGAAAAAGAAGAAAACAAAAUUGAUGGUGAAUUUGUUCCUGUUGAGUGUAAGCCAACUGAAUUGCUUAAACAAUUGAUGAAAGAUGAUCUGACACUCCAAUCUAGAAUUUACGAAUACUUCUCUUCUUGUGUACCUACUGCUUUUAGGGACAAACAUUGGCUUUAUUUGCUCAGGACUAGUGAUAUACAUGAGCGUGUUCGUUAUUUUUAUUUUAUGGGACUAACAGAGCAAAGGGAUGCAAACGACAAGCAAAAAGAAGAAGCUAGAAAAGCUGCAAAAAAUGAAAAAUUUAUGGAAAAUUUGGAAAAAUUUGAAAGAGGAGAAAUGGCUUAUGGUCCUCCUGCUUAUACUCUUAUGUAUUAUAAAAGAUCAGUAACUGAAUUUUAUUUUUGGAAUGCUAUUCAAUUGGCAAUGCAAAAUGAAAUGCCUCGUUUACUUUUUGAUUGUCAAUUUCUUCCAAAUAUGCCGACUAAAGAAUAUGGACGUGUUUUAAGAUCGGCUGGGCAUGCUUUUUUUACAAAUUUGGAAAGUCGGAUAUCUUUACCUGCAUCAUUUAUAAAUGUGAAUGAAUCAGAUCCGAAUACAAAAAAUUUAAUUUCAAAACAUAUUGUUCCUUUUGGAACGACAGAUUAUCACAAACAUCAAAGGAUCAAUCCAGAUUUUUAUCGAAAUGAUCCAUUUCAUGAUUCGAAGAGUGCUGGCCGAAAUUCAGAUGAAAGUGAUCAAGUUAUUUAUCUUUCCAAGUAA